AUGGCUGUUGUCUCACCCCUCGGAUGCUUUAUCUACAGCGAAACACCAAGUGAUCACUUCUACAGUCUUGCAAACAACUAUGACUGCGAAGCCACGAAUUACGCCGAGCCUCAUCGUGAUCAUGGCCUCAAGUCCGACAACGAUCUCCGAGGCUUGAUUAAAGCCGGGCAUUGCUAUAAACCUACCCUCGAGCGACUUCCCAUCGACCUCAAGAGUGAUGACCCUGCCUGCCUUGAACUCGAUCUAUCCUCGGCCGAUUCCAUCCGAAGCUCUCAAAAGGGUGUCUCGUCCGAUGCUCAUGGCCUCCCCUUGUCCGAGCCCUGUUCAUCGCCUGAGAGCGAACAAGGGAGAGGUGGACAAGAUGCGUCGCUUGUGCCCCGGGACACUCGUCCACCAAGACUGCCGCGAUUGACCGAACCGCCCCUCUUGGCCGCCAUACGUCAAGUCUUGUCCUCAGAUCCCUCCUACGCAGAAGAUGUCAUCUGUGCCGUGAACCAAUUCCCCCACGACAAGCGCAGCCUUUCCAUCGAAUCCGAACCCGAACCCUCUGAUGACCCUGGAGCUGGCCGAGGCACUGGAAGGGGCCGUGGUGGACAAGGCGCAGGUGACAAAGACGACAGGGAAAGCCAAGAUGGAAGCGGGAGAGGUGACCCCCCGCGGCCUACCAGGGACGUGAACAUGGAGAAGCGUCGCCGCUGGGUCUGUCCCUACGCUCUUGCAUACCCUCAUUUGCGCCAUAUCCCCAUGUUUAGACACUGCUGGCCUGGCAAUAUGACUGAGGUGCACCUCUGGAGGGAUCACCUUGCGAAACAUCAUUCCCCAAUCGAUCCGAACGCCAAUCCCCCCCCACAGGCGGAUCCCGCACAGUUCCACAUGAACCCUGAGCAAUGGGAGAUGGUUUAUAACAAGAUCGAAAACAGAGGCAAAAAGCGCCCCCGAGACAAAAAUGAGUGGUUCUCUCACUGGAAGAAUAUCUUUCUCGAGGUCUGGCGCAUCAUCUUUCCUCAGAGCCAGUUUCCCUCCUUGGACGAACCCUCCUCCCCUUUUCACCUGAAUAGCGACGAGACAACAGAGCUACAGCGUCAAGUGAAAGAGGUGCUGAGGUCACUACGCGAUGCCAGAGCGAAGCGAGCCGUUGAGUCCAAAGCUAUUGCAUCUAGGGAGGACUUCCGCCCAAGUAACGCAGAACUGGACGACAUGAUGUCAGAAGCCAUCAACGUCGUGCUGCUCAGCACUCCAGUUGCUUUCGAUGCUACUCAUCGGCUCGCCCAUACUUCUCAAACGCCGCAGACCACCUCGGCCGGUCACACAGACACAGUCGGGCCCCAUCCUGAGACAGCACUGCAAGACGUUCCGUCCGAGACACACGCUUACACGCCUACCACAGCAGAUGGAGCGUCUGGAUUCGCCCCUGUCGACUCGAAUACUGCACAAACAGCCUCCACGGACUCAUUUAUAGCCCCCUUGCGGCUAUCUCCCAACGGAACUCGAGUCGUCAUAGUCUUACGCCCAUACGACGACUGCAACCUUCAAACUGGUGCUCAGAGGGGAAAGCUGCGACUCUAUCUACCGGUAUCAUUUUACGCAAAAGACUUCAGCCAAGAAUCAUUACCUACGCCCCCGACCCCGAACAUUCUCGCUAAUCCCCCUCCGUCGGCGAUGGACCUUGACCCAGGCAUCAGUCAGCAACCGCCAACAGGGCCACAUGGAUUGCAAGGCAUCUCCAUGCAAGACAUUCAAGGGGGCCCGUUUGGGCCAGAAGAACUCGCAGUGAUGGAUCAUCUUGGGCGAAUGGGGCAAUAA